AUGAGCUCUGCCGGCCCAGAAGGAAGGAAAAAGAUGAGAGAAUGCAACGGCUUGAUUGACUCUCUUGUGUAUUAUAUUCAAGGAGCUAUUGCAGACCAUGAACCUAAUGACAAGGCCACAGAGAACUGUGUGUGCAUUCUUCACAAUCUUUCCUACCAGCUAGAGAUGGAGCUCCCUGAGAGCUAUGCCCAGAGCAUAUAUAUGCAAAGAAGAAAUAUGUCUAGCAAUGAUAAAACACCGGGCUGUUUUGGAACACGGAGCAGAAAAGUAAAAGAGAAGCAGCAGGACACCCCGCUACCUGAGGAAAAGAGCAAUCCCAGAGGUGUCGAAUCGCUCUGGCAUUCCACACUGAUUAGGAUAUAUCUCUCCUUAAUAGCAAAGAGUACCAGAAACUAUACCCAGGAAGCAUCCCUGGGAGCUCUUCAGAACCUCACAGCUGGCACUGGACCAAUGCCGUUUGCGGUGGCCCGGACUGUUGUUCAGAAGGCAAAUGGCCUCCCAAGUAUUCGAACUAUGCUGCAUGUAAGCCACCCAACAGUAAAGAAGACAGCAGUCUCACUGCUCAGGAACCUAUCUCGCAACACCUCUCUGCAAAGUGAUAUAGCUAGAGAAGUUUUGCCUGAUUUGGUCUCGAUACUUCCUGAGUCUGUCCCAGGGUCUGAUAUUGUUUGUGAAACCACAGCGUCGAUCUGCUACACCUUGUACAAUUUGACCCAGAGCAGUUCUCACAACGCACGGCUUCUCCUGAGUGCUGAUGGCCUACCGAAGAUUAUUACCAUCAGCAUGAAUGACGGUAGUAUGUUCAGCAAAGCUAGUAGGGCUGCUUCAGUCCUCCUCUACUCCUUGUGGUCACAUACCGAUCUCCACAGUGCUUACAAAAAGGCUGACUUUAAGAAGGCAGAUUUCAUCAAUACCCGGACCACAAAAGCCUAUAACUCACUAAAAGAUUGA